GCUGCACGCACUGAGGUUCGCCGUUACUUCGUUAUCGGCCGUAAUCGUUACAUAUUCGGAAACUUUCGAGACGAAACAAAAAAAGCAUGCCUUGUGCAUCAUAAAAAUAUACUUUGUUAUGAUUUAUUUACCGUAUUUUUGGCCGUAAAUAAUCGGUUACAAAAGAAAUGAAAGGUUAUCUGUGUUAAAGGUUGUAUUUUUUCUUCGUUAACGUGGUGUUUUCGUGUCAAGUUGUUGGUUUUUGAUAAGAAAAGGUUUCAAGAUGUCCAGCAAGUCGACGAAUAGUGCAUCUUCCAGCCCGACAUCAAGUAAAGAUAACUCGCCAAAUAAGCUGGAGUUUGUUGUUGGAAAUAGAAUCGAGGCUAUGGAUUAUAUGUGCAACUGGUAUGUGUCUAAAAUUGCAAAAGUUGACCACAAGAAAAAGAAAAUUUUAAUCCACUUUGAAGGAUGGAAUUCUCGAUAUGAUGAGUGGGUUUCGUUUGAUAGUAAAAAGAUUAGACCAUUACCAAAAGAAAAAGUUAAAUCUAAAAGUAAAGCAAAGGAAUUCAAGCAGGUUUGGAAGGAAGGUGAUAUUGUGUCUGCAAAAUGGUCUGAUGGAACUUAUUAUCCUGCAGAAAUAGUUAAAGUUAUAUCCAAAGAUUUUUAUGAAGUUGAGUACGAUGAUGGAUUUCAAAAAAUUAUUCAUCAAAGUAAAAUACGAGAACAAGAUUCAACAAAUAAGAGGAAAAAGCCUCCCUCAUCAAGUGUAAUUUCCAAGCCUGAACGUAAAGCAAAGCUUGCACAGGACCGUGCAUCGAGGGCUCGGAGACGAAGUGGAAAAGAUGAACCAAUGCUUUCUCCGCAGUCAAGUGAAACAAUUGAACAGAAAGAAGAGAAAAUUGAAAAGGAUAUUGAGAAGAUUGAGGAAGAGAAAGUGGAAGUGAAAUCUAAGGAUGUGACAGAGACCUCGCGUAAGCGUAAUAGACGUGAAAGUGAUGUGCCACAAGAGUCUAAACGACCUAAGACUGAAGAGGCAAUUGAAACAAAACCUGGUCAAAAUCAAACCAAGCAUGAAUCUUGUGAAGUGGAGUCAAGUGAUAAAUUAAAACAAUCUGAGGAUUCUGUUUCACUGGUUCCACCAUUAAACAAGAGCAAAACUGUUGGUCCACAAAACAUAGAAAAAGAUCCUUCAAAAAUGUCUGAAAGUUUGAACACUUCUUCUGCUGAUGACACUUUGCCAUCAGAAAAUACCAUUCGUGUCACCCAUAUCAAAGAAAGCAAACCUGACUCACAGAUGACGAAACCCAGUGUCACAACACCACUGAGUGUUCAGGUUGAUCAGAGAACAGACAUUCAACAAGUGAUUAUACCAGAUAAAGACAUGAAGAUCUUACAAACUACUGGUGUCCUUGGACUGUUGAAUGUUCAGGAACCUUGUGUCAUCUUGGGUACAAGUUUAGCUGGUUCUACCACUGCCACUUCAGCAGCUGAAGAAGUGCUUAGCAAGUGCAAGAUUGCAUCAAAAGUCACGACAGAGUUGGAGGAAGUUAGUCAUCAUGGUAAAGCUUUGAAAACCAAGAAGAAUCAAGGUUCAAGUCAGGCAGGAAAAGAUGUAGAUACAAGGUUACAAGAAAAAGCUGAACUUUCAAAGACUACUCCAGAUCCAAAGCAGCCAAAGGAUAGAAACAAGGGGGAAAGUGUGGAUGCUGUGGGUUGUGUGGAUACUUCGAAGGGUAUAAAAAACCAGGCAUUGGAUGACAAGGACAUUGAGAGUACCACACUGGAUAAAGAAGAGAAAAACCUGAAAACAGGUGAUUCUGGGGAGAUUGCUGUAGAAAAACCUAUUCCUGAACAACUGUCUGCAACUGAGGAUGAUACUUCAAGUAAUGUUGAUGAAAGAGACAAGGAUGACACAAGUGAGCAUGCUCAGAAAUCAGAUCAAUCAUCAAAGGGAAAACCUCAGACAUUAGGAGCUGAAUCUUUCAAAGCCAAGAGAAUGCGUUUAGAUCAAAUCACCGGAAAACUUUCGAUCCAGAGACAAACUCAAAUCACAGCAAAACGUGAGGAGAUUAAACAAAAACUGGACCAUCUAAAAUCCGAAGAAAUGACUAAAACUUCACACAUAACUCCUCAAACCUAUCAAAAGACAUCCCCUAACCCCCCUCCAUAUCCCCGUGUGUCAGCGCCGGCCCCUCGUUUACCUCCUCAAUAUGUCGAACGCUAUCCACCUCCGUCCCUUUUUACCUAUGGUGCACCACCUCAAUGUACUGGACCAUGUUGUACGUACCCUCCUGGAAAUUCCUACCCUCCUGCUAGUACAGCAGGUUAUCACCUCAGUCCAGGGGGGUUACCUCGUGAAACAUACGUGGUUUAUGGACCUGGAACUCAGGCGUCAUUUCCUGUCAUUGCCCCAACACUUGCUCAUCCACCAUGUUCUUGUUGUUCGUUAUACCCCACUGCAGUCCUUCACGAGCCUCCUCAAAAUGCUCCUUCUUUGAUGCGUUUAAUGCACGUUGAUCAACGACUGCCUCCAUCAGUCGUUUACACACAGACGACGCCACAUUCAGGCGAGAGACCAAAGAUUUCACCCAGGGGGAUAUCUCCGAGGGAUAUUUCUUCUGAGUGCAGAAAGCCUGGUCGUGUUCAUGUAACGAAGAAAAUGGAACAAGAUUCUGGGACUAAGACAGCCAGAUCGGAAGACUUAAGCUCUAAAACUUUACCAACGUCAAAUAAAUCAUCCAAAGACAUCAACACAACUAACUUAUCAAGAUCAUCAACUGGUGAACGCACGGAUACGCCGUCGAAAUUAAACUCGAGUCAAUUCAAACCUAUUGAUGGGACGCCCACCAACACUUCGGAUGUCAAUCUAUCCACCCACCUAUCUGCCCACCUCACCUCAAAUGACCCAUCUUUUGAUAGCACUCCUUCCAAAAAAGCCCCACCUUCACGCCUUAACCUAGACCCUGAUGAUCUCCCACUCAGCCGUUUAGUGGGGGUGACAACUCCCGGAGUUAGUACCCCAGGUGAUAAAGCUGUGGUAGGAACUAAGAAUUCAGGGGGGAAGACACCAGUGACCAGCCCAAGUGACAGUGAUGCUCUUCUAGGUGACAUGAUGUCAACCCCAUUACCUCCAGAUGGUCACCCAGGCAAGGGUCUGAGACGUCCGCAUGUAUUUGCUCCUAAAGAACUGCGCAUUGAAUUGGAUCAUAACAAAUUCAAAUGUGAAUAUUCUGGUUGCGACAAGUCAUUUCGAAAAGCGUCCUUGCUGGAUUCUCACGUCAAAUAUUAUCACACUUCCCCUGAAGAUAAACGGAAACGCUCGUCAGCUUCAUGGAGUGAAGAAGACUCUUUCGAAUCAGGCGUUCCUAAGAAAAGAACAAAACGACAGUCGACAUCAGAUGUUUCUAUCGGUUCUGUUGGUGAUAAUUCUCUGGAAGCUCAAUCACCAGCUGCAUCAGAUAUCCACGUUGAGGUUGAACAUGAUCUUGAAGAUGAGAUGGAGAUGGAUAUUUCUGAUACCAAAGAAGAAGAUGUCGUGCGUUGUUUGUGUGAUGUUUUUGAAGACUCUGGUUUAAUGAUUCAGUGCGAGCAAUGUUUUACUUGGCAACACAACGACUGUGUAAACGCUGGUGAAGAAAAAUUGCCAUCAAAAUAUAUUUGUUAUGUCUGCAGGAAUCCAAAAGGCUUAAGAAAGAAUGCAAGAUUCAAGAACAAUUACGAAUGGUUUAAAAGUGGUAUUCUGCCUGCAUUUGUUCCUCAUGAUGUAAAUGAAGUAAAGAUAGUUAAGGCUCAAGUCACUCAUUCCAUGUUAUCUGAUCUGUAUAAACUAAACUCUGGGUUGAAAGGAAUGAAACGAAAACUUCACAUCCUACGAACGCCUAAUCAUGUGGAUCUUAAAAUGUGGGAACAUAAACAUGAAGUUUUUAAAGACGACAGUCUGAGGAGUGACGCUGACUCCAGUAAAAACGAAUCAAAUGCCUCUGAAUAUGAAACAAAUGACGUUAAGUCGCUGAACAAUGAACUUGAGAAAGAUGAUCAGACGCGUGGAAAUGACGUAGUUGAUGAUCAGACACGUGAGAGUCUCCAGACGCGUGGAAAUGACGUAGUUGGUGAUCGUCAAAAGGUUGUCCGAGACAAGGAUGAUAAAGAUGGUUCUGAAGUCAUUAGAAGUGACUCAGAGAUCCAGCAGAAAGAAGGAGAAACUACUGGAUUGAGACAGGAAAAGAAAACACAAGAAAUGGUUUCAGGCUCUGUUGAGAACGUGAAGAAUAAAAACUGUGUAAGAACAGAUAUUGAUUCAACACAGUCGAGUAUGGAGGAGGAAACAGAACAACACAAUGGGCAGGAAAAUGAAGAAUUGACACGAGAAAAUGAUAUCCAAGCGCGAGAUGGGAAAGAAUCGACACGAGAAAGUGAUGUCCCAGCACGAGAUGGGAAGGAAUCGACACGAGACAAUGAUAUCGAAGCACGAGAUAGAAAGGCAUUAGAACGUAACACGCUGGAGACAGCACGAAGUCUGGAGGAGACUUCAGGACAGCUUAAUGAUAGUGAAAUUAUCCAAGAUAGUAAUGAUGAGAAUACAUCAUUGAGGAAUGAUGAGACAGGAACUAGUACGAGAAAUAACAUGAAGUACACUGGAGAUGACUUAGCAUUCGUCAAUCUUCUUGAAGAGAUUGAGGACGAUCAGACUUUCUUAGAUGAACAACUGGACAGACUGGAAAAACAGGUUGAAAUCCUGGAGAAAUCACUGGCGUCUGGGACAACAGAAAGAAGACCAUCCAUACGCAAACUUUCCAAGCAACUUUUGAAACUACAGAAGUUGGGUUUCGUUUUCUGAUCGUGUUAAAUGGUAUACUCUGGUUGAACAAUGUGAUAGUACAGCUAGACUUAUUUUGUUCUCAUUGAUCGUCCUGGCUUGCUGCCUUUCUUAUUGCGUUGAUAAGUCAUUGACAACAUACGACAACAUAUUAACACUAGUUUUACCCCAUGUAAAUACUGAUCCACCUCUCCCUCUCUCUCUCAGUGGCGUAGCCAGCUGAAGAUUUUGUCCCGCAAUGCAAAUUUCAAGUUGUGAUGAUUAUUCAUUUCUUUGCAAAUUGAUUGUUUUCAUAGUCAAUAAGAAUCAAAAUAUUAACAUAGCGGGAUAAAAUCCUCCCACGCCACAGUCAAGGAAAUUAUGCUCCGGACGAGAAACUAAGAAAGUCCCCAACCAUACUUCGAUCGAAAAACAUUCGUAUCCACCUGGUGCUGAGGAUAAUUUCCUGAGGAGAAACAACUCACACAAACCAUGAAACAAAGACAACUGCUAAUUAAAGUAGACGCCAACGUCGUUUAAUCAGCUGCGUUCUGUCAGAUAUUUGCAUUUUAACCGCCCAUAACAAUUGAAGACUGAAAAGAUACCUAACCCACUCCAUGUAAUAAAAGUUUAGUUCCA